AACCUGCGAACACGCCGCUGCCUCCAAACUGCCUGGGGGGUGAUGUGCUGAAGUGGCAGAGGGGAGAGCAGCAUGAGGCUCCAGCUGGAGAAGCAGCUCCUCUUCCUCUCCCUCCUCUGCAUCCUCUCCAAGGUGUGUGCCCAGCUGUGCCGGAGACCAUGCUACUGCCCCUGGGUGCCACCCCGCUGCCCCCGCGGGUCCCCCCUGGUUCUGGAUGGCUGUGGCUGCUGCAAGAUCUGUGCCCGGCGCCUGGGGGAGCCCUGUGACUUCCUCCACGUCUGCGACCAGAGCCAGGGCCUCGUCUGUGACUACAGCACAGCACCGGCCGGGACAGGAGGCACCUGCAACUUCGAGGAUGACGAGGAGGGCUGUGAGGUGAACGGCCGGGUCUAUCGAGAUGGAGAAGUUUUCCAGCCCAGCUGCAAACUCCAGUGCCGCUGCCUGGACGGGGGCUUCACCUGCAUCCCGCUGUGCCAGGAGGACGUGAGGCUGCCCACCCCGGACUGCCCCUACCCACGGCGCGUGGAGAUCCCGGGGAAGUGCUGCCCCGAGUGGAUCUGUGGAGCCCAGGACCAGCACCUCCCCCGGGAUGCCAGGGCAGCCCCCGGGGCAGUGCCUCCAGUGCUGCCAUACCCCUGCCAGGAGUGGGGCACAGAGUGGAGCGCCUGCUCGGCCACCUGUGGCGUGGGCUUCGCCACCCGCGUCUCCAACCAGAACCGCUAUUGCCGGCUGGAGACCCAGAGGCGGCUCUGCGUGGUCAGACCCUGCCCCGCCCUGCCCGCGGCAUUCCCGGCGAGGGGAAGAGGAGGUCAUUUGUAGCUGUGCCCACCCUGGUUUCAUCCCGGAGCCAACGCCUCAUCCCGGCAAAGAGUCUGGCACAAACCUAUGGCAUUGUGGUUUUGGUGAAGAUGGAGAAACUAGAGAAGUUUCCAUUGAGAAACUAGAGAAGAAGUGAUGGACUUUGGCUGCAAAGGAGGCUGGAAAUAGAGAAGAUCCCCCUCUCACUUAGAACCUGCCUCCUCUGUGCACCCUGCUGCCCCAGGCAGGAUUAGUGGGCAGCAUUCCCGAGUUUCUUAGGCUGAAUGAAAUGGGAAAUGGGGAAACCCUGCCCCAAGCAUGAACCCACCCAAGAAGCCAGGAAUCGGUCCUCCUGGAUCAGUGGAGCUUCUGGAGAGGUGAUGCUGCUCCUCCACCACAUCACACAGCUCUGCUCUGUGUGGACUGCAAUAGAGGCCAUCUCCAGCACCUGGAAGCCCAAAUCCCUGGAGGGAACCCUCAUGCCCUGGCCCCCCAGGGAGGGAGCGGGUACAUCAGGCUGCACCCACAAGUCACUGCCAUGCCAGGCUGAGCUGCCCCACCGUGCGGGAGCUCGGCCAGCCCACGAUACCCACCCUGCAAACAGCGGCUCCUCCCUGGGCAUGGGCAGGGUCCUCCUGCUGACAGCUCUAAUUCACCUUCCCCGCAUCCCUCCAGAACAAACACGAGCCUUCCCGCUCCUCCUGGCCCCCUCCUCUCCCAGGCGCUGGCGGUUUGGCAGAGCUGCGGCGAGCGAGGAGCUCAGACGGAGACACCGUCCCGCGGCACCAGACAUACCGCCUGCCAUCCAAGCACAUUCCCUGUGAGCCCGGGCCAAAGGAAAAGCAGGAGAAAGAGAAAACAAAAUCGCAAAGAUGAGUCGGAGCCGCCUCCCGACGGGCUGGAGCCGCUCCAGCUGCGCAGGAGAGCUGCUGGGCGGUUCUGGCUGUGCUUUCCCUCGGCAGUAACCCUUGUGGGCGACGGAAAAUGAAACCCAAAUGCCCUCUAACGGCCUCGCACCAGCGUGCAGAGGGAACGUCCCACCGCAGGGAGAGAGGGGCAGCUGCAAGGAGCAGUGGUGCAGGUGACAUGUCCAGGUGAGAUACGGACUUUUUAGAUGUGUAUUUCUGGAGCUAAAAAUAAAGGUGUGCUGAUCGAGGUGUGGAGCUUGUCUGGUGCAGGGUGAGCCCAGCCCUGCUGCUCGUGGCCAGCUGGAAAGUGGCACAGGAUGGGGCAGCCUGGAAGCACCUCAAUUCAGGCUGCUUAGAGUAUGAAAAGAAAAGAAAAAGGAAAAAAAAACCAUUGUGAAUCAAAGCACUGAACACAUUAUUAGAGUAUAUCAUAUCCUGGAUUCAGUCAUGACCCUUUGCUUUUACCCAGCCAUCAGCUCCACCAGCUCUGCCAACAGGAGCAGCCCUGCCCACAGCCCUGCCCGCAGCCCUGCCCGCAGCCCUGCCCGCAGCCCUGCCCGCAGCCCUGCCUGCAGCCCUGCCCAGGUCUCCGGGCAGUGUCGGGAUGUGCAGGACAGCACUGGCUGCCCUGCUGCUGGGUCUGCAGCCCCAGGCACAGCCCAGGCCAUGCCUCUCCUCAGCCUCCUAAAAAUCAGUGCCCAAACCCCCCUGUGACUCAUUCCCCCCUCCUGCCAGGCCCUCCUCUGUUCCCCCCAGACUGGGAUUCCCCCAGUGCCACCAGCUGACCAUCCUCCCGACCCAGGGCAACUGGUACUGAGGCAGAUUUGGAGGUGCAGGGGCAAAAGGCUGAAUGGCAGAGGGAGAUCUCCUCUCCAGCCCAGGGAAAAGCUUCCUCACCAGCAGCAGGAAAGGCAGCAGGGCCAAGGCAGCUGCUCACUCACUCCCCUGGGCUCUGCAAGGGCUGAAAAUAAAAGUGAAGUCAAGAAUGCCUUUCAGUCACUUUGGGAGGUGAGGGGGGAGGAAGAAACCUCA